GAAGUUACCGCGGCAGAGGAACCCCCAUGUCCUUUUCCCCUUGAGACGCGCCGCCCAGUUGGGAAACUCCAGCUCUGCACAAGCAGUCGGGCGCUUCCGCUUGGCACUAAGAUGGAAGCUGAUACUUGAGCGCCAAGUUUGCUGAGUUUUAUUUUGGGGGGGGAAUGGUGGUCUCUCGCGGGAGGGAUCAGGGCAGAGGAAAGAGCACUCCCUCGUCCUCCUCUCUCCCCCCCGCGAAAGCCCAGCCCGGAAGAAGACUCAGCGAUGGGAACGGAUGGAGUGGUGGUUCUCAGCGGUGUGGGGGCUCCCUGGGAGACUCCAGCAGCUUAUUAGCUAUGUAGCAUCUUGGGCCCUCAACAUCUGGCAGACACAAGCUUCCAUCAUGCCGAACAACAGGAUCCUGGACGAAUUUGCGGUGGCCGAGGAGGCCCAGGAGAUGUUGAUGCAGCACCGUCCUCAGAUUGAGCACCUCUUUCAGGUGGAGCUGAAUGUCAUGGGGGUACUGGGAUCAGACCCCAAAGGAGCAAGGAAGAUCUGGUUGCAGUUGCAAGGAAACCAAGAGAAUCUUCACAGGGCAAAGGAAUACAUCAAAGGUCUUUGUGCCCCAGAGGUUCAGGAGGAAGUAGAGUAUCCUAAAGAGAUGCAGUGCAUCUUCUUAGGUGCCCAUGGGUUAUUUCUGGACUGCCUCAUUCGAGGGACAUCUGCGAGCCUCACCUUUCUACGCCCGGGCACUCUCCUGAUCUCAGGAUUGGCAGAAGCUUUUGUCAUGGCUCACAGCCGGAUCCAAGAAUUUGUGGGGAAACACCAGAAAAACCCUAAGCUACCAGAAGAACGGGAGGCUCAGGUUAAACGGUCCUUCCGGGAACUGGUGGAGAAUUAUGAUGACAAACAUGCCAUGGAUCUUUUGAUCUUGCCCACUUCGGUCAAAGAGGAAUUGCUUUGUUUGGUCAAGGAGAUUCAGGAAGAAGACAAGGAAGGACAAAGGAAUGGCUAUAAGACACCGUUUAGUUUCGGGAGAGAUUGUUUACUGGGGUGGGAAGCCAACGCUGUGAAUAGUGGCAGAUCUGGGUCUCAAGAUAGGCCUCAACCUGUCUUCGGCAUACCUGAAAAGCUCCAUCAAGUCCAGGAACAGAAUAGAACUAGAGAUUCCGGUCCUGACUGGACUGUGGAAUUUACCAGGCCACAAGAAUCCCUUCAGAAAGCUGCAGAUUCGAUGCAACUACCAUACCCAGCUAGGCCUUGGGAUGUUAGGACUAACUCACCUACUGUGGAUGCAAAAUCUCAGGACCAAAAACAUCUUCAUGUCCCAUGGGAUGAUUUUUCCAGAAGUUCUGAUGAAGCCCAAUUGCACACUAAGCCACAGGGACAUCUGCCUGACUUGAAUGGUCCUCAGCAUUGGCUUGAGGCCAUGACCACUAAGAAUUCUGGGCUUCCCAAGAGUUCCUCUAAACCAAUUCCAGCUACCUCUCAGAUUCUAUCUGGAUACAAAGUCUUGAGAGAAAACUUGGAGGAUCAUCAAACAGUAGAGAAGAAUCCCCUUUGGGCAACAGAAUCGAGUCUCGUUAGUUUGCCUGAGGAAACCACUGAGGAGGAGGCAACAUCUGACAUUUUGCUGUCAUCGUGGACUGAAAAAGAGUUCAAAAUGAGGCUAAACUUCUUUAAAACGAUGGGCUACGAAGAGCACGUGGUCAAAAAGAUACUAUUGGAGGGUGGAGUUCAGGAAGCCCCUUCAACUAUCUUGGAUAGAGUCCAGAUGAUGGCAGCAGGCUUGCCUCAAAACGAAGAUACCUCCCCACCUCAGGAAGAGCCUGAACGACAAGGGCUCGAUGCUUUGUCUCUGGAGGACCCAUACGAUGAAAACAGUUACGUCAAGGAACUGAUCAAAACGGCAGUGGUCAACUGUGGCCAUUGUCCCAGCAAGAUCCCCACAGAAAUACAAACAGGAGCCCCAUUGGCAAGUCUCCUGAGGCAGCUCAAUGAGAAAGGGGAACAUCAAGAUGAAGAUGAGAGUGCGAUAGGGGGAUCAUCAACGAAGCCAGAACAUGGAGGCCAGUUUGGCACCCAGAGGGCAACCAUUUUGAAUCACGGGGAAUCUUCUCAGCAGAAGGCUCACCCGGAAGAAAGGUGGAAUGGUGUCCUUUCGAAUCACAAGGGUGUCCAUGUCCCAGCAAGUAAUCCUGGAGUUUCUCCCACUGCUAAUUUUUUGUCCUCUCUAUUGGAUUCUGAGGUGACCCAGUUAACCGAAAGCACCAGCGUGGAAGCUCUUCACCAGGCUUCCAUUUCUACAGUAACUGGAGCUCAGCGCUUUGAGGAGGCUCUCCAGACUGAAUUCAAGCUCAAGUUGGCCAACACACCAGGGAAGAAGAAUUUGCGGAUGGUCAUUAUUGAUGGUAGCAACGUGGCCAUGAUGCAUGGUCUGAACCAAUUCUUUUCAUGCCGAGGAAUCGCCCUAGCUGUGCAAUAUUUCUGGGACCGAGGCCACCGUGAAGUGAAUGUCUUAGUGCCCGCUUAUCGAAUGGAAGAAGAUUCCAAUGUGAGAGAGAGGCACUUUUUGACUGAGCUGCACAACCUAAGAAUCCUGUCCCUUACACCAUCACGGAAAAUCGACGGGAGAGGCAUUGUCCCAUAUGAUGACAGAAUGAUGUUGAAACUAGCAGAACAGACCAACGGGGUUAUUGUCACCAACGACCAGUUCCGGGACCUUGCCAAAGAAUCGAAGAGAUGGAUCAAGAUAAUCAAGGAGAGCUUGUUGCAGUACACCUUUGUGGGGAACAUAUUUAUGGUGCCGGAUGACCCCUUAGGACGAAGUGGUCCUACCUUAGCAGAUUUCCUGAAGAAGAAAACAAGAACCAAGUAUCCUGAUUGUCACUCUUUCAGUGGCCAGCCCUCCACUAACUUCACGCCACCACUUCCCACCUCGCAGACGGAGGUCCUUCACCUCAGGGACAGGAGGCCCCCUGCCGGUUCAGGAGGGGACAACAGGAGAGGUCGGCAGGGCAGCCCUGAGGAGAAGGAGAAGCUUCGCUCCACAGAAGAGACGGAGUGGCUGAGGAGCAAGCUUCUGGAGAUUUUUGAGGGACAAAACAGAAAAGUGGACUUCGUGCUCAUCCGGGAACCGUGCUGCCGAGACUUGAACAAGCUUUCAGAGAUUAUUCUCAGUUUUACUUUCUGAGCUAGUGGAUCCCUCCAAAUGAGGUGAUCUAAACAGUUGCCUUCAGAUAUUAAACUUCAAGUGAUUUGUGGCCAUUGACAAUGGAGGAAAAUGCUUCAGGAAUGAAGGCGAAGACUGGACCUUGCAAAAUGCCUCGGUCCUGAAGCCCACACUUCUUGUAUUUUUCCCAUUUCCUUAAUAUCUUUGGGUGAGAUUGUCUUCUCUUCUAAUAAUCGGAGCUCUCUCCAUUCCAGAAAUGUGAAGUUGCUUGCAGGAAGGUAACUCCCUACAUGCAAUAUGGCUAACCUAAGCUAUGAGAGAGCCAAAGACUUUUGAAAUGGAAUUACUCCGAAUAAAUAGGUCCUUUGCCAUGAGAGAUUCCCGUAGGAUUUCUCACUCUUAAAACUUCAAUUCCCAACAUCCAUCUUGGCUCUGUUUUGACCAAUCAGAGAUUUCUGAGGUAAAAGUCAUGACAUUUGUAGGCUUUCACUUUAAAAGGGUAGAGAGGAGGGAUCCUUGGUACUGUCCAAGCUUGGUUGUUUUCCUGCAGAUGUUUCACUACCCAAACUAGGUAGCACCAUCAUUGGAUGCUAGCACCGAUGAUGUUACCUAGUUGGGUAGUGAAAUGUCUGCAAGAAAACAACCAAGCUCAGAGAGCACUAAGAACUCUUUAUUUCAACCUGAAGCUACAGCUAUUGUCCUUUAUUGGUAGAGAUGCUUAGACAAAACCUCCAUUUUAGGCUUAGCAAUUGUGUAAUCUCAGCAUGUUCCAGUUUGAUUGGAGUCCAGUUUAAUAUUAAGACGCAUUGCAGAUUAGGUGUCUGGCUUGAUAAAAAGUUGCUUUAUACUUCUACAAUAGUUUUCCUCAAGGUGGCAACCUCCAAAUGUAUUCAGUGUCUUGAGGCACAGUUAUUGAUCGUGCUAUUCAAAAAAUGAUGGGAAUUGUUUCAAACAUCUAGGUCAACUGGUUGGAAGAAAAUCUAAGCCUCCGAUACCAAUUGUAUAAAUCCUAUUUUAUACCUUUGGAGUAUGGUGCCAAAAUGAUUAUUAUGCAGAUUUUUAAAUUUCCCUUAUGCAAUUCAAGUAUGUUUAGGGCGCUCAAUUCUUAUAGUUUCACAUAAAUAAUAGGUAAUUUUUAUUUUAUAUACACACACACAUUUUUGUUAGGACGGAGAAAAAAAAAUUGGACUGUUCCCCCAGCUGUUUUUUUUUAAAAGCUAAAAAUAAAUCUUGUUUUCUGAAAACAGUAUUGUGUGCUUAUAAAGCCCUCAAUGUAUCUUAAAAUUGGUACAGCUGUUGUUGUUAGUGGGUGCCAAGCUGGGAAAGCCAAAGUUAUGUAAUGUGGGUAGUCCUUGACUUAUGACCACAAUGGAGCCCCAAAUUUGUGUUGCUAAGUCACAUAUAUGUUAAGAGUGAAUUUCUGCCCCAUUUUACAACCUUUCUUGCC